AUAAGACAGCUGGCCCCAAUUAGACAUCAAAACAGAUUCAAAAUGUCGGAAAUAAUUGACGAUGUAUUGGCGGGUCUCGCUUCCACACGGCAGACCAUGCACAAUCAGUCGGAAAAAAUCGGUGAAAUCAUGGAGAAGUCCAACAACACGCUCUUGCAUAUCGAAGCGCAGGCUUCAACGAUGCCAACAUUCAAAGGCAGCGUUCAACCCGAAAAUCUCUAUCAUUUGAGUUCAGAUUGUGAACUGUCGCUCACAAGAAUAUUGGAGCAGUUCCAGCAGCUCAUGCAACAAAGUGUAAAGUGCGAAGAUAACCAAGCCGGUGCCCAAACCGCCCUCGAUUGCUGCUUAUCUACACGCCAUCGCGUGGAAAACUUGAGAAGCAGCGCCCGCAAGCUGGUGGCACUUCACGAUACGAUUGCUCAGCUGAAGCUGCACGUGCAGGAGCAGCACGAGCUGCUUGCCAAUGUCGAGAAAGACGACUCACAUUGCGAUAGCACAUAAAUCCAUUUAAUAUACAAAACUUAAUAAACA